UGUCGUUGACUGACGUCGUGGCCAACAGCACGUGCUAACCGAGGCGGCGCGUGCAGCAAAAACAGCAGCAGCAGUAGCAAAAACAGCACCAGCUGUGCUGUCCAGCAACAACAACACCAGACGGAGAGCAGCCAUAGCAAAAACAACAACACAUACAACACCAGUUUUACUAUCGCAACAACAAAGGCUUUGGGCUAGGCAUACAGAAGAGCACGAGGGGAAAGUAAAAUAUAGUGGGGAGAGAAUUUAAGUGAAAUUCAAACGGAUAAAGACGAGGAAGGAGCAAGACAAUACAUCAAUGCAGGAUAACUGUUAUAGUAUGUGAAAGAGUGUGAGCAAGAGAGAAGAAGAGUGAGUGAGUGUGAGAAUGCGACAAUAAAUUAGCCAUAAAUCUGCACCUUGUUAUUUGCACCUAAAUCGAAAGUGGAUUAUAUAUUUUAAUAAUAAUACUCGAGAGAAGCCCAGAACAACCAUCAAGUAAUCAAAGUAAAUCAAAGUUCAUUUACCAACACAAAAACGUAUACGUAAAUUCUAUUUACGCAAAGAAUACUCAACAACAAGGGGUGCAAAUAAGUAAAAGAAGAAGAGCAUACCCAUAAGUAGGCAACAGAAGAAUUAGAAGCAGCAAGCAGCGCAAACAGGAUACUUAAAAUAUCAAGGCAAAUACACACCCACACACACAAACAUACACUCCGAAGGAGGUUCAUAUUUUUGGCUAAAAAAACCACCGCACGAAAUAAAUAUAAAGUAAACCCAACAACGCAGAGGUGUAUGGCCCAAAGGCAAGGCAAACAAACAGAGCCGAAAAAAGAAACGGAAAAGCGAACCAGAAAGAUGCCAAAAUGCUGGACAGAGAUUGAUGCUGGCUGCCGACGAACAGCAACAACAACAACAGCUGCAAUAACAAUAAUAAGGCCAAGAAAAACGACGAACAACAACAACAGUGACAACCGCCAAAUGUGAGCAGACAAGCGACACCAAUUGAGAUAUAUUGAUUCCGCCAAAUCACGUCGAUUAGGUCAUGAACGCACUCGAUAUGAAUAAACAAUUUUUGAGCGUCUCCCAGGACCAUCAGCAUCAGACCUCGGUGGCGGACCAGAGGAGUCGCUCAAGAUCGGAGCGGGCCUCGAGCCUGGCGCUGCCCCUCAACUCCCUGCUGGACUUCUACGACAAGCAGCAGGAACAGUGCAAGUCGGUCACCCUGCUGCCACUGCCCAGCCACAGCAGCAACAUCAGUGAGAGCAGCAACAUCUCCAGUAGCAACAUCUCCAGCAGCAACAGCAUUGUGCGACGACACUCCUCCCACUACUAUCCCAUGAUCGAGGACAAGCAAAAGCCGUCGCAGCUGCCCCAGGCAGCCACCGAAAUGCUUGUAAACAUGACGGAGCAGAAAUAUGGCCAGUCAGCAGGAGGCAGGCAGUUCCACCAUCAGCAGCAGCAGCAGCACUUGGUGCGGGUGGACACGCCAGUGACGCCCCCACCGCCCAUUCCACGGCGCCUGCUGCGCGGCAAGUCCCCCUGGCAGUCGUCUAGUCCCAACCCACUUCCACUUUCGGCUGGUGGACAGGAAAGCGCCCACGGCACGGGCACGGUGUUUGUUUAUCCGCAACCAACAAACGUGACCGCAGAGGCAGUGGCUCGGGGAUCAGGCGAUGGUGGAGCCGGGCUGCAAUCAGCGCUGCUUGUUGACAUUGCCACACGUCCGGCGUCCGGAUAUGCGGAUGCCGAUGGGAUUUCCGAUGACGACCGCAUGAGUCUGGAGAACUCCGUGUUCGACGAGUCGCUAACCUCCACGCCCGUCAAGGUCGCCGGCUAUCUGGCCGGGCGCUACUCCGGCUUGAGCCACAUGGCCAAGCGUGCGCAGCGCUCCUCCAGCAGCACCGUGGACUCCGCCUACGGCUCCUCACUGGGCGGGCACAGUGAGCGCUUCGCCAGCAGCUCGACGAGUGUGGACUUCCGCAGUCGCUUCUCCUCGGUGGACACGCAGUCUUCGCUCGACGAGAAGCCCCUGUCCAGCUCGAUUGACUCACCUUUGGGCAGGGACGCCAGGGAUGCGUAUAGGGAGCGAGCUGUGCUCAACGAUGCCAUGCACAAGUUGAACAACAAUAACACCAGUCUGGGAUUGGCUCUUUACCAGGCCAGUAAUAACAACAACAGCAGUGUCAGCAGCAGCGGAGGAGCUAAUGGCUCCAAGCUACCUGUGGUACCUGCCCGCAAACAGCCACCACCUGUUAAGGGCAGCAGCAACAGCAACAACUCGAUGAGCGAAUCGCAGUCGCAGACCUCCAAGGAACCCAGCAGUGUCUCGGCCUCGGCAUCCACUUCGUCCGCCGCCUCGGCAGGAUCUAGCACGAUCUCUAGCGGCACCAUGUCAUCCAUGUCAGGGCCAUGCCCAGGAGUUAUGCCGUCUACCGAUUUAAAUACCAAACGUCCAGGGCCUCCAGAGCCACCCAUACGUCAGGCCAAUGUCUUUGAUCUAACGGAGAUGGGUUCACGAGGUCAUCCGCCGCCUCCGUUGACCGUGCGGAAUAAGCUGGGUCGCACUAAGCCGCCGCCAAUCGCCUAUCCACGCAUGCAGCAGCGCCAGGACUCUACUUUGUCCAGCGACAGCUACUCAAUCAGCUCCAGUCCGGGCUACAACUCCAAGCUGAUGGAGGCUCCUCUGCUGGGCUCCCAGCAGGUGGGGCGCAAGUCCAAUGCUCCAGGAUCCGCUCAGCGGCAGACUCCGCUCAUGGAUUUGGCUCCAACGCGCUUUUUGGGCGGCGGCGGGGGAGGAGGAAGUGGAAGGCAGGUGCCCGCAGUGCCACCGCCAAGGGGCCGAACCAACUUUCGCCAGGACUCCACCAUCUCCAGCGAUAGCUUCAGCCAGACGUCCAGCCCGGGGUACAACCCCAAGCUCAUGGAAGCACCGUUGCUGCCCUCUUUGUCCGCCAAGCGACUGUGCAGUGCACCAGCUCCGAUUGUGUGCCGGCAGGGAGUGCAGCACGAACCCAUUGAAGAGUUGGAGCCGCCGCAGACGAUCUCGCCGCUCCACAAGACAGCUGGUGCGCCCAGCAGCCUGCAGACCAUCGUGCGCUUCCAGAAUGGAGCACCUCACACCAUGUCCUUGCAGCAUCAGAUUAUCAACCGACGCAAGAGCUCAAACCCAUACAUUACCAAUGGACGCUUGAAGUUCCGCCUGUUCCAGAUCCUGAUCAACGCCUUUGCUCUGCUGGCCAUCGCCGGAGGUCUGGCUGCCUAUUUCAAUGCCUAUCCGACGAUUAAGUUCGUGAACAAGACGAUCAUCAACACGAUCCAUGUGGAGGACACCACUAGUUUCGGCAAGAAUCCAGCCCCCGGCACCUGCCUGCCCAUCAUAGUGCGUUUUUGCCAAGGUCCCCAGAUCCCCUACAACUACACCGUGUUUCCCAACUAUAUCGGUCACUUUGGACAGCUGGAGACGCAAACGGACCUCGAUUCCUACGAGGCCCUGGUGGAUGUGAGAUGCUACGAGCUGGUGUCCUUGUUUCUCUGCACACUUUUUGUGCCUAAGUGCGGGCAGAGUGGCGCCACGGUGCCACCCUGCAAGACCCUCUGCACGGAGACGAUGCGCCGCUGCGGAUUCUUUUUCGAUGUGUUCGGACUGAGUCUGCCCGAGUACCUGAACUGCAAGCUCUUUAAGGACUUCCCCAGCUCCGAGGACUGCGUGGGCGUAGAUGAGGUGCGCGAAGUAAUGCAAGCCGCCACACAUCCCAAGUGCGAUGGCUUCCAGUGCGACCAGAACCGCUGUCUGCCGCAGGAGUACGUGUGCGAUGGUCACCUGGACUGCAUGGACCAGGCGGACGAGGCCAAGUGCGAUCGAUGCGGUCCGGACGAGAUAUACUGCGGCGACAGUCAGUGUAUAGGCACCAAGCACAUAUGCGAUGGGAUAAUCGACUGUCCUUACGGCCAGGAUGAGCGAAAUUGCUUGAGGCUGAGUGAGCGGAAUGGCGAUGUGGGCAUUGGUGUUCUGGAGGUCUACCGCAUCGGUCAGCGCCAGUGGAUGCCUGCCUGUGUGAAGAACUGGGAUCGGGCAGUCUCACCCAGCGCCGUGUGCUCCAUCCUGGGCUACUCGGCCGUGAAUGCCACCAACGUACUGACCCUUCGCACCCAACGCCCACUGCUGGCCUCGGUAAAUGUGUCCACCGACAUUUGGAAAAUGUACGCCAAAAGGAAGUCCACUCUCAUGCAGGAAUUUGCCAACUGUAAGAAGUCGGAGGACUACCCGAUGGCCGAGCUCACAUGUUCCAAUUAUGAGUGUGGCCGAGUGAAGCGGGGCAGGCACAAGCCAUCCAGACGCAUCAUAGGAGGAACGCAAGCUAAUCCCGGCAACUGGCCUUUCCUGGCCGCCAUUUUGGGAGGUCCGGAGAAGAUAUUUUACUGCGCUGGUGUCCUAAUAUCGGAUCAGUGGGUGCUCACAGCCUCGCAUUGUGUUGGAAACUAUAGUGUUAUCGACCUGGAGGAUUGGACUAUUCAGCUUGGAGUGACGCGACGCAACUCUUUUACUUACUCGGGUCAAAAAGUCAAGGUUAAAGCUGUCAUUCCCCACCCUCAAUACAAUAUGGCAAUUGCUCAUGACAAUGACAUUGCGCUCUUUCAGCUGGCGACGCGAGUUGCCUUCCACGAGCACCUGUUGCCCGUUUGUCUGCCGCCACCGAGCGUAAGGAAUCUGCAUCCCGGCACCCUCUGCACCGUCAUUGGUUGGGGAAAGCGGGAGGACAAGGAUCCCAAGUCCACGUACGAGUUUAUAGUGAAUGAGGUCCAGGUGCCCAUCAUUACGCGUAACCAGUGCGACGAAUGGCUGGAGAACUUGACCGUUUCGGAGGGCAUGGUCUGCGCUGGUUUCGAUGAUGGAGGCAAGGAUGCAUGUCAGGGUGACUCGGGUGGUCCGUUGCUGUGUCCGUAUCCGGGUGAGAAGGAUCGUUGGUUCGUCGGCGGCAUCGUGUCCUGGGGCAUUAUGUGUGCCCAUCCCCGGCUACCAGGUGUCUACGCGAACGUGGUACAAUAUGUGCCCUGGAUACAGGAGCAGAUCGCGAAACACACACGUCCCAUUAACGAGGAUCGGGUGAACAAAUACGACCUACACCCAGGUGGUCCCGACAUGCUGUCCAAAAUAGCCACUGACCCAAUGCGAAAUGGUAAACCCUACUACUACACCCACUCCAGGACGUCGUCCAAAAACUAAUGCUGGCUACGAAGAUAGUUCUCAAGAAGAGCAAGAUUCAAGUCAACAGAGCAUAUCCACGAAACGAUUGCACAAAGUACUCAAAAAGACAGAACACAUACAUAUAUUUUGCUACUGAACUUAGGGUAUUAGCCAUCCGGCUAACACCGAUUUGGGCAACAUAAUCAUGUGUCAAUUUGCCGAAUUUAUUUGUCAAUUUUUUUACAAAGAGAUUUCUAUAAACCCAAACCGCAAGGAAAUGGAUAACCCAGUCAAAUGGAAAAAAUUAACUCAAAAUGGGUACAACCAAAUGUCAAUACAUAUUCCAUAUGCGAUUUAUAUAUUUACACGUAAAAUGAAGAUAACCAAUAUUUACCCAAUAUCUAAUCAAAUGAUAAAUUGUGUCUAAAUACCCCAAAACCCAGACAAUAACUCGAGUUUGUAGCUGAAUUUUGUGUUGAAAGGCCCCGGACGAAAUUAAACAUAAAUUAAAAGAAAAAAUAAAUAAUAAAUUUAUAUAUAUAUAAAUAAAUAAGAAAAUUAAAAAUAAAAAUGUAUGAUUACUGAAGAAAAUUCAGAAAAAUAUUAGAAUCAAAGCUAUUGAGUGUUGACAAUAAAAACAGGAAAUAAGAAAAUCAGUGGUAGAUAAUGUGUAACUUUAACAUCUAAAACUAAACUAAACUAAAGAAAAACAAGGAAAAAUUGCUGAUCUAGGGCAUUUGAUGUACGAAGCACUUAGCUCUUCCCCAACAAAAAUCUAUCCAACAAUAAGAAAGUGCAGUUGAAAAUAAUGAGAAAUGCACAAUAAGCAUAUAAAUGCAAAUAGACAUAAGUCAUGAAAAUACUAACUACAAUGCGUGGGUUUCAGCUUUAAAGAACACAAAAAGAAGGGAAUAAGAAUGGAUGGCAGACGUCAGAACAGAAUAAUUAGAAGGAAUAUACACAUAGCAUACGAAUCGUACUAUUUUUGCGGUGACUACAGAAGGUAUACACGCUUCGAUAGUGGAUAUGUCAAUGUAACUUAAUAUUUAGAACUAUUUACACGCUACUGCAACUCGUUUGUCACGCCCCGACUUAGACUGGCCGCUUUAGUCGAAGCUCAAUGUAACGCCCUGCUCAUCCAUAGGCCUGGUGUGCAAU